AUGGUUAUGGAGAGUGACAAUAGAGAAGUAACAAUAAUAAGCAUAUUUUCUGAAGUCACACUGGCAUGGCGAAUCAAGCUAGAACAGCGUCGUCAAGAAGCUGAACUGCUUGCCGAAUUGGAGGAGUCCAUUCCCAGUCGCCUUAUAACCACUCUGACCACGUUCUCUGACGCACAGCUUUACGCGGACCGCCGAACUCGAAUAACCGCAGCCCUGCACUCUGCGGGGCUCUUGGAUUCAGACUAUGCGCGAACAUUGUUGUCAGGAGUGCAACCAACUGUUCCACCACGCAAGGACAGUCAGACAUGCGAACAGCUGAAACAGAUGUUGAAUCCGCAAUCAGAGGAUAUCUGA